AUGAAUUUACCGCCACGGGAAGCUUCUCGGGACCUUACAACAAGCCUUCGAAUUCGACUCUUCGCUGCGAACCUUCCGAAGCAAGGACGAGGAUUGUUGAACAAACAAAACCCAAGCGCGUACGCUGUGGUAACGUCGAUCUCGACGAGCGAUGGCUACAAAGUUCCCUCCACCGACGCAUCGUUUCAAAGGCAGGGUUCCUUUGAAGGUUACCGGUGGGGAGAUACUGAGAUUGUAAAUAGCAGGAACCCACAAUGGACAAGGACGAUUCCACUGGAGUACGAAUAUGGAUCCGAAUCCUAUUUUUAUGUCCAUGUCUUGCAAAGCAACUGUGACGGCCAGGCCGUGCAUGGCCACGGUUCGACGAAGAGUCUCGACAGCGAUGCUUUUUCUACUAGCUUUGGCACAGCACUGUUUGAAGUAAGCGAUGUCCUGGGGACUCGAAAUACAACAAAGGUGAAGCGAUUGCGCUCUGGUGGCUGUGUGUUCUGUAAAAUUGAGCCAGUUCAACAAGGUGAAGCGGGAAUGCGUGUGUGCUUGCAGGUUGAAGCCAGAGGUCUCGUAAUCUCGCACGGGAAUAGACGAGCUUGGACAAGCAAUUCUUUUUAUCGAAAACCGGACGCGUUAUUUGAAAUUGCUAAGCAACACGCGAGCAACAGCGAAGGAGCCUAUGUUACUGUUUAUCGUUCCACGCCAGCCGUCAACACACUUGAUCCAGUGUGGGAUGCAAUUGAUCUUGAUUGUGGAACAUUAUGCAACGGCAACAUCGACCAGCAUCUUCGUUUCUCUGUUCUGCUCCAGAAACAAAAGGGAAAUCGGGAGCUGAUCGGGCUGGCCGAAACAACACUUCGCCACUUGCUGCAACAAAACAGUUCUUACAUCGGUGACACCGAAUGUGCAAAUGGAGGCGACAAUGACCCAGUAGAGAAAUACAAGGAGCUGAUUCUGCAGCGCAACUCUUCAAAAUUAAAGCAAGUCGGGUGUCUGCGAAUUGGUGGGUACGAACUUAUUCCGGAGUCAACGAAUCGAUCUUUGUCCCUUCGCGAAGUGGGUUCUGUGGAAGGAACAGUUUUGGAAAUUGUGGACUUAGCAGAACUGUCACCUAUCGGGAUACCUUCGUCCGCCACAGGGUUUCAACACUACAUUGAAAGAGACUGCGAAAUCAAAUUCUGUGUCGCCAUUGAUUUCACGAGCUCAAAUGGAGACCCAAGGUUUGAAUCUAGUCUUCACUAUCAAAGCCCUCAAACUUUCAACGAUUACGAGGAAACUAUUUCUUCCAUUGGGCGGUCGCUUUCGGCGUAUAUUAGAACGGAGGAAUUUGCGGUAUGGGGUUUCGGGGCAAAAUUUGACGGCAAAAUAAGUCACUUGUUUCAGUGUGGGCCGGACCCGACUGUCAAAGGAGUGGAUGGUAUUUUAGAAGCGUACAAGAGCGUGAUUCAGGGAGGUCUUACAAUGAGCGGACCUACUGUCUUUUGUAAAGCACUUCAAGCAGCUGCAGUACGCGCCAAGAGAGACCAUGAAAUCAUGACUCCCCAGACAUUGUCUUACACUGUCCUCCUGGUGAUCACUGAUGGAAAUGGAGAUAGUUUAGACGAAACCCGCAGAAAGCUGCUCGUUUACAAUCAACUUCCGCUAUCAGUAAUUUUUGUGGGUGUCGGCCGUUCUGACUUCGGGCAAAUGUACAGUUUUCUCCAAGAAUCGACCCGUGAAAGCAUGAAUUGCAGUUUUGUGGAGUUCCGAAAACAUCAGUACAACCCAGCUGCGUUGGGUCGAGUUGCACUGUGUCAACUUCCUGACGAUCUCUGUGCAUACAUGCGGCGACGGGGUUUCUAA